AGUUGUACUCGUCAUUCGUCAACACUCUCUUUCUCCAAAGUCCAAACAAAAGUGAAAAGUGUCCUAGAAUUCCAUGUCAGCCUGACCUUCAGGUCUCAUCAAACUCGGCUAAAUUGCCAAUUUUAACUGAAGAAAAACUAAACAUAAUUCUCGGGGAGUCAAACAUGGCGUCAGACUUGUUUUCAAUAGAUUCUGAAUUUGACAGAAACCGCCAUGUACGAUUCUUGGAUAUGAUGUACGAUUUACUGCCAAGUGAUUAUCAAUCCCAAGAGAUCAACCACCUCACUCUUGCUUACUUCACUCUCUCUUCUCUUGACAUUCUUGGCUCCUUAGAUCAGGUUGACAAAGAGGCAAUUGUUGCAUGGGUAUUGUCAUUUCAGGCUCAUCGAAGAAAUCAAGAUGAACCAAUUAGCGGAAAACUUUAUGGAUUCUAUGGUUCGAGGUCAUUGCAGUUUCCCGCAGAUGUUCAUAGGAAUUUGAAACAUAAUGGCAGUCACUUGGCAAGUACAUAUAGUGCACUAGCCAUAUUGAAGAUUAUUGGCUAUGAUUUUUCAUUGUUUGAUUCUGAGUCCAUAGUGAGAUCUAUGAAAAACCUUCAACAGCCUGAUGGGAGUUUUAUGCCCAUACAUAUUGGGGCUGAGGCAGAUCUGCGGUUUGUAUAUUGUGCUGCCGCUAUCUCCUAUUUGUUGGAUGACUGGAAUGGAGUGGACAAAGAGAAGGCUAAGGAAUAUAUUUUGAGUUGUCAGUCAUAUGAUGGUGGCUUUGGUUUAUGUCCGGGUCUGGAAUCUCAUGGUGGUGCAACUUACUGUGCCGUUGCGUCUCUUCGACUGAUGGGCUAUAUAGAAGAUGAUCUUCUCUCUGAGGGUGUAUCGUCCUCAAUCAUAAACAUUGCAAUGCUUCUCGAUUGGAUGAUGCAGAGACAAACUGCCGAUGGUGGAUUUCACGGUAGACCAAACAAACCCAGUGAUACAUGUUAUGGUUUCUGGGUGGGUGGAGUACUGAAGAUCUUGGGAGGUAGCAGAUUUGCUGACAGGGAAGCUAUGCGGGAUUCGCUGCUGACUUGUCAGUCUGUGUAUGGCGGGUUCAGUAAAUUCCCUGGAGAUUUACCCGAGCUUUAUCACUCAUAUUAUGGGUUGUCUGCGUAUAGUCUUCUAGAAGAAGCUAAACUGAAUUCUCUCUGCGUUGAGCUUGGUAUUACUAACAGAGCUGCAUAUGGAUCUUAAGUUAUGAGCACAUUGUGUCCUAGAAGAAGGUUCCUCUCGUUGAAAUUUGAUCUCCACCUGAUUUACCGAGGGGGUUAUCGUAGCAUAUCAUUUUUUGUAUAUUACAACAGAGAAAAGGAAGCAUGCAACUUUGAAGCUGGUUAUAUAAUCAAGGGGAUGCGAGCGAUGUAAGUAUCAGACCUUUUCUGAAGGGUGCUGCCAAUAUUUCUUUCUUUCCCUUGAAAUCUAUUUUUACGGUUACGUUUGUGCAAUGCUGGUUUGGAGUGUUCCAAGCAACUAAACUAUUAGGCAUGUAAGGUUGCCGAAGUACGCGAGAAAAUGUGAGAAAGUGCUUUUGCAUGCACAUGUCUAGUUUGAUAUUUUAUUUGCAAUUUGGGUGGGAAUUUAACGAUUUCAAGGCUCUUCUUGGUCAGCUGGAAAAUGUCGUCAAUGAAAAUUAUAUAUCAAAUUUCAUAUUUGUGUAUUUCCUAAAAAUUUGAUAAUUCUAUUAUGAUCUUCACUCUUCACUCUUCA